AGCAAGUAAACAGCGGGCCGAGUUUUUUUUACCAUAACAUAACACGAACCAGACCAGUCCAAUAAAUUUACUGCAAUUAAUAAUUUAGAAAUUUAUUUAAUUGCUAGAUUAUCACUUUAAAAGAAUGACCAGAACAGGAUCUCAAAGGUCAUUAUCAUCCUCUCCGAGACGAAGUCCUCGCAUCGAGAAGAGGAAGCAAGAACAUGAAGACGGUGGUAGAGAUAGAGAUUUUAAAAGUAAAGUGGCCAAGUUACCCGAACUUAUUAAGAGUAGAAGUAGUAGAGACGUAAAGAAGAAAACCAAACCAGUGAAAGUAAAGUCGCCAAGACCACCCCCACAAGAAGAAUUGACAGAGAUUGAUGAUGGAUUAUUGUUAAAAGAGAUUGAGAAUGAUUGGUCAUUGACACCUCCACCGAAAACACCACUCCCUCAGACAAAAUCGUGUCCUGUGCAAUGGCAACCUCGAAAAUUGUCGCAUCCUCGGAGUCAGUCACCUCAACGAAAAAAUCAUUCUCGAACAUCCCCAUAUACAGAUCCCACAUAUUCCCCACCGAAAUCUAGAAAAAAUCAGUCUUCUCGGAAGUUGUCAGAUACUCAGACCGAUCCACCCCCUCAGGAAUCGUCGCCGCCUCGAAUAGAUCCGCCCCCUCGGGAAUCGUCGCCGCCUCGAACAACGCAUCAACCCCGUCGAAAAGAACUACCGUCUAGAAAAUUAUCAAAGCCUAGAAAAGAUGCACUGUUUCGGAAAUUUUCACCGCCUCGAAGAGAUCCGCCACUACCACGAGAAGACACGCCUUCUCGGGAACCAAGGCGCCCAUCUCCCCUUUCCACACCUCCCCGUCAGAAGCAGUUGCCCCCCACCACGCUUUCGCCACCUGAAAAGCCGACGACUCCUUGGGGUUUGAAACUUCGCAAGCUUAAACCUUGUGGUUCCGUAGAUUCUGUCGCAGAAACAAUUCUUCUGGAUGAUGAUGAUACUGUUUCAAGUAUCGAAACCAAAAAGGCUGUUGACGAUUCCAACAAGUUAAUUUUGGAAUAUCAAUCAACUGCUUGUGGGAACAAGGGCGCCGUUGCCCUGUACGCUAGUGAUAUUAAUUGUCUCGACGCUGGGGAAUUUAUUAAUGAUAAGAUUGUUGAUUUUUGGAUCAACUUUGUCCUUCACGAGAAAGGAAUCGUCGCUGCAGAUUUAAAAAAGACUGUCGUCUUCUCAUCUUUAUUUUACAACUCGUGGAGAAUGCAAGAUAAAAAGAUAAAGGAUUCCAAGAGUGUGAGGUAUCAGAUACCAGAUAAGAAUAAACCAAACUUGGUAGUUCGACGUGGUUGGACGAAGGGAAUUACGGAUUUAUUUCUCAAAGAUUUUAUUUUUGUACCAAUUCCACAAGAUGGACACUGGAUCCUAGCAAUAAUUUGUUAUCAUGGAAUGAUAAUAGAUAAUUUGGAGGAGGCACUUGGAUCAUCUGUGAAAAAUGAACUAGUAGAAGAACUCAAAACUGAUAAGGAUGAUUUCACAAAGCUACAGCGUUUUGUGGCCAGAAGAAGAGAAAAGAAGCUAAAGAUAAAGCCAAUGAUAAUUAUAUUUGAUUCUUUUAAAAGUUUAGACCUACGACAUAAAGGUAUAGCAGCUUCACUGAGGAACCUUUUAGAAGUAGAGUGGAAGGAACGAUACGGGUUCUCAGUUUCCUUUACGAAGGACAACAUACGCUUAGAAAUACCGGAAGUGCCUCAACAAGAUAAUUGGUACGAUUGUGGGAAUUAUGUUCUUCAGUUUUUCGAAUCCUUCUUUUGUGAAGAUCUCCCUCGAGAGCCGCCCAUCCCAUCGUUGUUAAGCUGGUUUGAUGCAGAAAAGGUUAAGGGAAAACGAAAAGCAAUUUAUAACACGAUUUUUUCUAUUUUAAAAGAAUCCCAUCCAGAUAGGAUUGAAUUCAUGCCUAGUUUAAAAGUUUGAAAACAAGCUCAACUCAAAUUUUAGUUAUUUCUUCAUAUUAAUUUCUUCACACAUGCAAUUAGUUUCAUCACAUUGACAAAUUACCAUAAUAAAUUCAGCAUUAUAUAAUACCAAUAUUUUCUAAUCACGUCAAAAAAUGAAUAAAUGCCGAUGAAAUUCUAGAUCGA